CAACCCUCCAGUUCCCACCAGCAUACAGCUAGCCAGCAACAAUUACCACAAAGUAAGUGGUGAAGAGAUCAAUGGAUUUUGGGAAUCAAGAAUUGGAUGAAGAGUUAUCACAGCAGAGGAAAUCACCAGCAAACCUAACAACAACAGCAAGAGGAAAGAUUGAAAUAAAGAGGAUCGAGAACACGACGAACCGACAAGUCACCUUCUGCAAACGCCGUAACGGAUUGCUCAAGAAAGCUUAUGAGUUAUCUGUGCUUUGUGAUGCUGAAGUCGCUCUUAUCGUCUUCUCCACCCGAGGCCGUCUUUACGAAUAUGCAAAUAACAGCGUUAGAGCUACCAUUGAAAGAUACAAGAAACACCAUUGCGAUUCCACAAACUCUGGCUCUAUUUCGGAAGCCAACACUCAGUUUUACCAGCAGGAGGCAGCCAAACUGCGGCGCCAAAUAAGAGAAAUACAAAUUUCAAAUAAGCAAAUUGUUGGAGAGUCUUUGGGAACUUUAAAUCAAAAGGAGCUUAAGAAUCUCGAAGGAAAAGUUGAGAAAGCCAUUGGAAGAGUCCGUUCCAAAAAGAAUGAGUUGGUAUUUUCUGAGAUAGAACUUAUGCAAAAGAGGGAGAUUGAACUCCAAAAUGCCAACAUGUAUCUUCGAGCAAAGAUAUCUGAGAUUGAGAGAGCACAACAGCAAAUGAAUGUGAUGGCAGUAGAUUCCGAGUACCAGCAGCCGCAGCAACCGUACGAUGCUCACAACUUUCUUCCCGUCACUCUCCUCGAACCUAAUCAACAUUACUCUCGCCACGACCAAACUGCUCUUCAGCUCGUGUAACAACACCCCCGGCAAUAAACUAUCAAGGCACUUCUAUGGUGUGUACUGGAUGGUUAUCUACAUUGUCUGUUUUCUUGCUUAUAGUUCUGUAAAAUCUCCUCUAUUCGCAUUGAACAAUUUAUUUUCCCAUUCAUCGGAUUCCAUCUAACUAGGUGCGUGUGCUUUCGAACUUCAAUUGGUACAGAGCUAAUGCUCUCUGCUAGUAUAUAUUCAAUGAGGUUGUUUCUUUGUUACAACAAGUAUAUAUGCCUUGAUAUAUUAUUCAAU